AUGCGUUACGACAUUGCCGUUACUGCUCUCCUCGCCUCCGGCGCGACCGCCGCAGCUGUCAAGAAGGGAUUCGUGACCACAAAGGGUACGACCUUCAAGCUUGAUGGCAAAGACUUCUACUUCGCUGGAUCCAAUGCCUAUUACUUUCCAUUCAACGACCUCGCUUCUGAUGUCGAGAAAGGCCUCGCAGCAGGCAAGAAGGCUGGUUUAAAUGUAUUUCGUACCUGGGGCUUCAACGAACGCAAUCGUACCACACUCGCUGGUGGCCUGCCCCAGUACGGCGGUGAAGGCGCCGGUCCCUCAACCAACGUUCUCCAGUGGUGGAACAAUGGUACCGCCGAGAUCAGCCUGGCACCCUUCGAUAAGGUUGUCACCGCAGCCGAGAAGACCGGCAUGAAGCUCAUUGUAGCCCUAACUAACAACUGGGCUGACUACGGCGGCAUGGACGUCUACACCACCAACCUGGGCGGAAAGUAUCACGAUGAUUUCUACCGGGAUCCCAAGAUUAAGGCCGCGUUCAAGAAGUACGUCAAAGCGAUUGUCCAGCGCUACAAGAACUCCAACGCAAUCAUGGCCUGGGAGUUAGCCAACGAGCCGCGCUGCGGAGCUGAUGGUGUCCGCAACCUCCCUCGAUCAGAGAACUGCACGCCCGACACUAUCACUGCAUGGAUCGAUGAGCUGAGCACGUACGUCAAGAGCCUGGACAAGGACCACCUAGUGACCUGGGGCGGCGAGGGCGGCUUCAACAUCCAGAGUGACGACUGGGCGUACAACGGCGCUGACGGAGGUGAUUUCGAUAAGGAGCUCAGCUUGAGGAACAUCGACUUCGGCGUCUUCCACAGCUACCCCGACUGGUGGAGCAAAACCGUCCCGUGGACCGUUCAGUGGAUCAAAGCCCACGCCGCGUCUGGGCGCAAGGCGAAGAAGCCGGUUGUUCACGAAGAGUACGGGUGGCUUACAGAUGACAAGAGGCAAGAGUACCUCGGCAAGAGCGACAACCAGACGAGAACUGAGGUUCUGGGUCUGUGGCAACAGACGAGUCUGAAGGAGAAGAUGAGCGAUAUGUACUGGCAGUUCGGGUACAGCAACUACUCGUAUGGGCGAAACCAUGACGAUGGAUUUACCAUUUUCUUAGAUGAUGCGGAGGCGAAGCAGUUGGUGUAUGAGCACGCGAAGAAAGUCAAUGCGCUGAACAAGUAA